CCAUCUUGUGUCGACUUUCUCCAGGGUGAUGGAGAGAAAUAUGUAUUAAGUCGGCCUGAAAACGUUCAAACCCAACAGUGUUCGCUUGAUUUUUUGUGCUCUGUGACAAGGCACAGCUAUGGCCGGUAUACGCAGAGUAAACGGGAAAUUGUCUGGAGUUAACCCCGCUGUCAGUUGCUCUCGCCUGCGUCAGGUUCAAGCCCUGCUCUGCGAAGGAGGCUCCGUCACCCCGGAUGGCAUUUUGUGUUCUCUCGGAAUAGACAGUAGAUAUAAUGAGGGAUGCACAGAGCUGGCAAAAUACCUUUUCUAUGGGCUGUAUGAACGGAACCAGCCAAACCUGGAGCAUGUCUUUGAUGACGUUCCUGAGGAAAUGCUGGACGACGUGAUCCUAUUGAUAAAGGCAGAGUGCGUCCAUCUCUACUGCAACCCGCUGAACUACAGUUACCUGUUGCCUUAUGUGUCACACUGGAGGAACCUGCAGCUCUACUGCAUGACAGAGGCUGAGUAUGAAGACGAAGAAGCAGCGGAAGAAUUCAAAAUCUCCAGCUUUGUCACGAUGGUGCAGGACUGCCAGCACAUUGGAGUUGCAUACAGCUCCCAGGGGCACAUCCAGAAGUUUGAUGUGUUCAUGGUGGAAAAGUGGCCCCUGAUUCAAGCGUUCGCCCUUGAAGGGAUAGGCGGUGGGAGCUUUUUUACCAUCAAAUACAAGAUUGUGGAUAUGAGUGAGAAGCUAUGGCAGGUUUACACCAGACUCGACCCAGUGUCCCUGGAUAAUCUCUUAACAGAGGACCUGGGAAUCUUUGAGAAGCAGUGGAGCAACUUCUUCUCCCGCAUCGACCUGGAGAGUCAUCUCUCCAUCUUGGAUCUGUCUGAGGCACAGGCAGGAGAGGCUUUCCGUACUUUCUACUGUCACGGGCUGAUUUCAAACAACAUCUCAGAUAAAAGUAAAAGUCGGCAGCCCUUCGUGCUGUUUGGAAAGCACUCCACCUCUGAGGACCUGGAGAACAUUUCCUUCAACUUUCCCUCAGAGAGUCAUCAGGUCCGCAACACGGGGCCUCAGGGUUCUGCUGCCAGACACAUGAUUCUACAGUGUGUGGCCCCCAAGGGCCCUUUGUCCUGUUCAAGAACAUAUUUCUUUGGGACUACUCAUACCCCGUAUCUUGGGAUUCAGAUGCCAGAGCAAAAGAAAACCGAAGUCUUAGUAGCAUCACAGAUUUACUCUGCUGUGGUUCAAGGAGUCUUCUCUGGAAUAAAAUGCUACUCCAGUACUUCCAGUUUUACCGAGGCUAAAGAUGAUGCGGUGAACUCGUUUCUCCUGGCGUUGGACUCGAUGGAUUUAGGCCACUAUCGCUCUCAUCUCAGGUCAAAAUGUGAAUUCAGCAUUCAAGCCACAAAUAAUCGAGGAGUUGUAAUUCCUCUGACUGACGAAGGCAGCCGUUACCUAGUCAAAACGGCUUCCCUGAUCGUCAGAGACAUCCCAGACCUGCAGGAGAACAGGGGAGAGUUUGGCACCGUGCUCUACUCUGAAUCUUUUCUGGAGUCCAGCAUCAACAUUCAGCAGAGAGAUGGCACUGUGUCCUCAGACAGCUGCUACGCCAUCCUGACUGCAAAUGUUCCCCGCUACGCCUGCUGGCUGAUGGAAUCUGACGUCAAGCAGUCAGAACAAGCCCUGCAUCUCGCUAUGAAAGAGGGUGGCAGUUAUCUGGGAGCUUCUCUGACUGAAGCAGAUGCUGCUUAUGUGUUCUCCGGUGGCCAGCUCUGCUCACCUGAGGAAGGUAAAAUCAGGUUUUUCUCUGAGGGACUCCUGUUCUUCCACUCUCAAUUUGGGUGCAUCACUCUCUCGAAGGAUCACAUUCGUAAAAUCAUCUUUUAUCUCCCGGACUCCUGCAGUGUGGGCUCUCUGUUUGUAGAGUACGAGAGCAGCCUGUUCCCACACCUUCCGUUCCCUCUGCACAGCUCUGAUCAGUGUCUGCUCUUUGCUCUUCAGCCUAGAUCUAAGAGCUACAAGGCCUUCUUUGCCAAGGUUUUGCCAGUGUGGAAAGAUCCAGAAGCUGGAUUUGGCUUGCAGCUGUUGGACCAAGAACAGCUGUCCUUGAACCAAAGAAACAUGCACACCAGAGUCCAGAAGCUACAUGACAGCCAGGAGCCGCCCGUUGCUAAGCGCAGAGACAACCUCAAGACUUCACACUCCAAGCUGCCAGAGCAGGAAAUGUUUCUUCAGCACUUUGCUUUGAGCAGCAUCGGCCAGGAGCCCAUUCUCUACGACCACCUGGAGGCGCUGUUCCCCUCUGCAGAGCUCACUAAACAAGCCCAUGAGAAGGGAGACAAGGUUAUGAUUAACAUCAUCACCGGACUGCCAGGAAGCCAUAAGAACAUCCUUUCUUACUUCUUAGUGGACCAAACCAAAGAAGAUGGAAUGUGGGUGGUGUAUGAACCCGACAGCUUCUCAACCUCACACCUCCAGCAGUAUUUGUCGAGCUUCCUAGAGAGCCGAAGAGGACGAGGCAAGCCUCGCCUGUUGCUGCUCACACCCGGAUACACAGACGUUCUGGAUGUGGUCCAGGCUGUGCUGUUCCACCCAGAUGCGGCCGUCCGGGCUCGUUUCGCCGUCGGUGCCGUCACAGCCUGUGUGAACCCGCUGGCGUCUUGUAUGGAACACUGGUUUGCUUUUCCCAAGCUGUUGGAACAGUGCAGUCAAGGUAUUGUGAGUACAGUGGUGUUCACUGGGCUGACAGCAGAGCAGAAGCACCCUCUCAUGCAGCAUGUUCAGCAGUUGGUACGCUCCGCUAACCCCACCGCUGCCUUCAUACCGGCGGAGAGAGGAGCUGUCACCAGGGACGAAGAUGUGAGCCUGAUACUGUCUGAGAGCAGCUUCGGCGAGCCGCAGAUGCUGAGAGCGCGCUACGUCCUCUACCCUGGAUGGUGCAAAGGACGCUUCUUCUCUGGCUCAGGGACAGUGAGCGUCGCCCAGCAGCGUGUGGCUUUCAGCCGACCCCUAGAGAGGCCUCUGUUUGUCACCCGCUGUAAAGCAAUCAAGUCGUCAUUAAAGUCGAGUCCAUUCAGAGGAAAUGUUUACAACAUUUGGGGGAAAGUCACAUUUUCAGACUCGGCUGGAUUGAUGGAUGUGCGCUUCAAUGCGGUUAGCGGGAGCCUGACCAUCAUCCCGGACAAGACCCCACUCCACAAAGAGACCAGAACCUCCUGCUACCUGACCUUCGACGGGGUUGGUCUCAUCCAGGACGAGCUGAAGGCCUGGUUGAGACUCUGUACCAAACAGAAGCAGGCCAAGAAAACAAAGAAGACUCCAAACACCCUGUCGACACAAGAAAUCCAGAGCAUACACGUGGCCCGACACUUGGAUCCACUGCCACCAGGUUAUUUCUACAAUGGCUAUCAAUACGUCGACAUCUUCGGAGAAAAAAGGAGCUUCCAUCCCAACAUGGAAGAGUUCAUUAAAGAAUACAUCUCUGAGGCCAACGAAGAGAUCGAGCAGUUCAACCGUCAGCUGGAGCUGCAAGAGGAGCCUGACUUGUUUGGCCCAUGAUAGAGUCUGUGUUUGAUUGCGUCGCCUGUUGGUGGGUGGGGCGGGGCAGACACACAGCACCAGUUAAAUAGUUUUCAAUGAGUAAUCCCAGUCAGAAGGUGCCGCUUCCUCGGAUUCUUUCCACUUGUCUGCUAACAUCGUCACUUUUUUUCUUUUUUUCUUCGAGUGGCCUCCAGUCCGUCAUGUGAGGCAGCGACCGCCUGCCUCGCACCAAGCUCUGAACGAAACAGCAAGUUGUUGCCAUUCGAAUCGAAAUACAGACGGAUCCGAAACCAAAACACGGCCUUAAACUCGACAUGAUUACGGCACAAAACCUGCGAGCUAUGGCACUUUCACAACCGAAGGGGGAUUUUCAAUCACACACUCUCACAGCUUGAGCAUUUCUGUUUGUCACAGUCGGUGAAUUAAUGCGUCUAUUUCUGGGUUGGCUUGAAUAGCCGUAUGAUCCUGGUAGGCUCCCUGGUGGGGUUUCUCAAGAAUCGCUCCUCCUCUGUUGUCACCCAAUCCGCCGUCCACCUGUUAGCUUGUUCGCGAGCCACGCUGGAGCAGAGGGAGCGUUUGGUCGCGGAGUGGUAAACAAUAGAAAGCCCAACGGCUCAACACCGCUGUUUGUCACGUCUCCACAAGCCAUCCCCGGCUUUAUUUAAAAAAAACAACAAAAAAACAAACACCCCUCGAGGAGAUUCUAAUUGUACAGUACUUUAAAUUAAUUAAGAGUCUAAAACGAGAUUUAGUCAUUUUAUGCCAGCUGUAAGCUGUCAAAAACAUAUGGAGUCACACAGAUGACAUUUCCACUUGACAUAUUUACUUUGUAAACACCUCAGCCAGUUUAUUAAAGCGUUCUUUCAAAUAGGAGAGAGAGAUCAUUGGUGCUUUUUCAGAAUUCUUCUUAAGGCUGCAGUAUGUAACUUUUAAAAACAUUAUGUUUUUUUUUUUAUUUUACAUAUUUGUUAAGCCUGUCAGUAUGUCAUGACAGUACAAAAUGAGACAGAAAAACCUGAGCUCCUCUGCCUACUUCCUGUGGUUCUUCUGCCAUCUGCAGAAAUAAACUGCUCUAGGUUAGAAGCAACCAAUCGAAGCAGGAAGGAGGGGCUCAGUGCAGUCAAUCACGCUUGUGUACUAAUGGUGGAAAAACAACUAAACUUUACAGGAAAACGGUUUCUAUUUUGCUAGAAUUCAUGGCAGGUUGAGUUGUGGGGGUACUAGCUGUAGCAUAGCAAAGAGCAAGGAAGAAAGUGUGAGCAGCGCAUUCACAAGGGUGAUUGACAGCGGUAAGACCCUGCUCCUGGUUUUGACUGGUUGUUUUUGACCAAGCAGUUUAUUUCAGCAGAUGGCAGUAGGACCACAGGGUGAAGACAGAGGAGCUUGAAUCCCCCCCCCCCCCCCCCCCCCACAGAUUUUCUGUCUUAUGUUAUGCUGUCAUGGUGACUGUUUUCACAAAUAUAUACUAUUUCUAAAAAGAAAAUACUGCAAAAAUUGUCUUCACAUUACAUUGGUGUCAACAUAUUUGGGCAAAACCUUGAUUUAUGUUCAUGAAUGGUUAGUGUUAGAUACGCAUUAGUGGAGCACAUAGUUAAAGGCUUAGUCACAAAGAUUUGGACUUGACGUCCUUUUUAAGUGAGUUGCUUUGCUGCUGUUUGCUCUGUGAUUGAAUACCAUGUUGAUGUUACAUCCAUGUCUUUGAAAUUGAAGAAUUUCCAAACCUGUGUUUUGCUGGUCCUGCACAGGUUUUGGACUUCUACAACUUUUGAGAAAAUGGGCAUAAUGAGCGCAGAUUUCACUCGUAAACAUGUGCUGGUAUUUGUGUGGCCGCAUAGUAACAUAGUGUAGACACUCUUGAAUGAUAAACUCUAAAACUCGAUUUCCAGACCCAUUUUUAAAUAUGUCGAGUAGGAAUCUUCCAAGUAAAGAUGCACCAUUCAGAAAUUCGACUGUUUGUUGUUGAUCUCCGGGUUUUUGAAAACUUUGACCUGCUGAUACGGCAUUAGGCUAACAGCAAUUUCUCUUUAACCGCGAUGAUAUGAGAUGGUGGAACAAUAUAAAAAAGCUGUUACUGUUAGCCUUCCUCACAUAAGCAGACUUCAGAAAUAUAUCAAGACCAACACAAAAUAAUGAUUGCGUUGACAUUUUGACCUUGGUUAUUUUGGCGAUUAGUGUGAUUUACAUGGCUGACAUUGUGAAAACGUCAAGAGCGUGUUGAGUCCUUCAGAUUCUGACCUUAAGCCUUAAGGACGUUUUUAUCGAUAAGUCUAUCAACAUUUAAACAGUUUUAAAGCACAAAAGUUCUUUGUUGUUCUGUUCAGCCUUCCCGUUAUCUGUUGAGCCUCUUGCUCUCUCACAGACUGAACAAACAACCCAAAUGUUAGCAAGCUGUAAGAAAUACAGUCCCUUUAAACUAACUUUUUUUUUUACAUUAAUUUGACUUUAAGACUUCACAGUUAGUGAAAAUACUGUAGGUAACUUUAACCCUUCUCCACUCAGUAACAGCAUCCACUCUGAGCAGUACUAACAGUACAUCUAUCACUAACUGGGAAAAGAUUCUUGAGUCUAACAGAUCACGAUCAACUACCGAUUUCUCGGUGCAUCUCUGCGUCCGAUAGCAUCGGAAGAUUUAAAGGCAUACAUUCAAAAUGGGGUUAGCAAUGUAAUAAGCAGACUGCACCUUUUCGUCAGGUGGCUAAUAAAAGCAGCCUCGGGACGUCAAGUUAGAUUAAAUUACGUCUUCCACUGCGAAAUGAUAUCAUUUGGUGAAGCUUUCGUACAAAUGUGUAUGUAAACCUGUCAACUGAGCAAAACGUUAUUAAUAUCGCAAGCUAAAAGUCCACGUGACCCUGCUGGCCCCAUGAUUUCUCUCCUUAAAGUGCACUCUGGUCUGUAGAAGCCAUAUCCUUUCAUUCUAGUGGUGCUCCAGUCCUUGUGUCAAGUUAUGUAGACUACAGAAAAGCAGCUAAACUUCACCAUUAUCUACCAAAAAUUCACAUGGAGAGGAGCUCGUUUCAUAUUUCUUCUCUUAACUAUCCUCUACUUGAUAAAAGUGCAAUUCCUCAGUGUGUUUCUAUAUGCCCUCCUCAGACGCCUCUUUAAGGACGAAGAUGAAACAAAUGAGCUGCUGAAUUCUCCAGCUCCCUUCGGCUGGUUUUCUGUUCUUUGCUGCCGCCACUGCUCACGUGGCAAAAUCGAGGGCUUUGUUGCAAUUAAAUACCACUGGGGGGAAAAAAAACAAAACAAAAAGUAUUACCUCAGCUCACAACGGAUGGGACAAAAUUCCAACAGAUUACGGAGCUAUAUCAGAAAUGGUACAGGAUUAUGUAGAACCUUAAUCCUUUGGUGACAAAAGGAUAACUUGCGUUUCAGCUGGAUCCCCGCUUGAACGUUUCAACGGUGCACUCCGUGAGGCUGUCUGUUUUGAGCAACAGUUGUCAUAGUUGUGAGCUUAUGUAAUACUGCAGAGAGUUACCUUGAUUGACAGCGAGGUGGUUGGGAGGCAGAUGCAUGGGAAACCGUUGGCAGACCUUUGAACCCGGCUGUGGAUCAAACGGUAGGGAGCCCGAGACCCCAGUCAGUCCUUAAAGAGACGGGGGUUCUGCUACACGUUAGUGAUAUUUAAACAACAUUUCCACUAACGGAUAUAUAGACUCAUUUAUACAUGAGUACUAUCACAACUCUUGUGUGUAGAUUUGCAUGUCGAGAUGUCAUUUGAAUAUUACAAUACAUAUAUUCAGAUUUUGGUUUGUUUUUUUUUAAAAUGCCUUUCACCAAACCGGUACAAUGAAGCAAAAAAAAAAAAAAAAUCACGUUUAUUUUACAUAUCUGC